AUGACCAACGUCUUCAUCUUUAAGACCGCUGCGUUGGUAGCAACUCUGAUAGGUUGUGCCAACGCGAACCUGGAAACUGUAAAGCUCACGAACUUGUACGGCUCUUCCACCGAGAUUUUUCUCUUUGGAGCCCACGUGAAAUCAUUUCAUGCUGCAAUGGACAAGGACCUUGACCUUUUGUUCAUGUCAAAAUGUAGUAAAAUGGAUGGCAAGCAUCCCGUUCGUGGUGGCAUUCCCAUCGUGUACCCAAACUUUGGCGGUGCCCUGAAGCAACUCGGUGCUGAAAAGCUACCAGGCCACGGUUUUGCCCGUGUUUCUAACUGGACCUUGAUGUGGCCGUUCGAUUUUGAGCUCAAGUACGUGGUAAAGCUACAUGCCAACGCGUUGGAGACAGCUUUGCACGUGCGCAAUACGGACACAAAACCUAUCAAGUUUCACGCACUGCUUCACAAUUAUCUUGCGGUUGACGAUGUGCGCAAGGCAGGCGUCUCGGUGAGUGGUCUCGACGGUGUUGUCUACUUUGAUAAAGUAGCCAAGGUGACCAAGAAGGAGGACCGCAAGUCUAUCAAAAUUAUGGGAGAGAUCGACAACGUGUACAAGAAAGCCCCCGAUAGAGUGACUGCUACCAUCACGGGUGUGAAUGCUGUCGAUCGCUCUGUGGUGGUUGAAAAGUCGGGUUCGAUCUGCAGCGAAGAUGGCAAGGACAAGACGACGGUCAAGACCGACGUUGUCUUGUGGAACCCGUGGGAUGAACGUGCCAAGACGAUGCCGGACUUUGGUGCGGAAGAGUACAACAAAAUGGUUGCCAUCGAACCGGGAUAUGUGGACGAGCAGUUUACUCUUUCGGCCGGCAAAACCUUCAAGCUUCACCAAUCCAUUUCGGUUUACACGUUGUAA